GACGAGGCAGUGUGUGUGUGGCCAGUCGGUAGCGACGCGUCCCCAGGCGCGCGAGUCGCUCGAGUCGCUGCGAUGAAUCGGUACAAGCGUGAAUCCAUGGCGAUGGAGGCCACCGCCACCGCCACCGCCACCACCGCGUCGUCGCGCGUCCUAGUGUCCCUCGUCCGCGUUCUCGCCGUGUUCCUCGUGCUUCUGUGGCCGGUGUUGAGCGAGGAGACCACCAGCCUGACCGGCCGUAUGCGAGCGAUCAGCGAGGACCUGGACCGGCAGCUCAACGAGAUAAUGGCCUCGCAGGCGCUCAGCUACUCGACGGUCAACACCGUUGGGCUGCCCUACAACGCCACCACCAAGUUCAAUCCGAAGGGCAUGGGCCAGCUGUACAACGUGACGAAUAUGUUCAUCGACCUGGUGCAGAGCAAGCAGGCGUAUCCGGAGGGUAUGAUCACUCUGGUCGACGGUGCACCGGUUUUCGCGGACCCUCUAAAAGAAUGGAAGAUAAUAGUGACGCAUUACGGAGGACUAGCCGGUCUCGCCAUGAUCGGACUCAUCCUGGCAGCUAUUCUUCCCUGCGCGGGUCUCUUUUUCUGCUGUUGCAGAUGCGCGGGGCACUGCGGUGCCCGAAGCCAGCCCUUCGACAAAAAACACGAUCAUUGUAGGAAGAUUAUGCUCAGCAUCGUGUUGAUCGCCGUCGCCACUAUUAUUCUAUUCGGCGUGGUGUGCGCUUUCGUGACCAACGAGUACAUGCAGGAGGGAACCAAAGAGCUUCCGUGUAAAGCCAAGACUAGUCUAAAGGACGUCAAGCUCUACUUGACUACCACGAAACAAGAGAUCGACAAUUUGCUCAAGACCAAUCCCGAGGAGCUGGAAGUUACGCUCAACAAUAUUCUGCAGGCCAGCGGCAAAAUUGUCACCGAACAACUGGCCGAAUACUCGCACGCCGUCUCUCUGACGAAUCUCAACGACAUCGUUACCGGUUUGGAAUCGAUCAGGGAGGAUCUGAGAUUGAUGAAUAAAAUAACGCAGGAAUUGCGAAUAAACGCCAGUCAAUUGGACAUUGUUGUUCGUGGCGUCAAGAAAAACCUUCUUCACACGCUGGCUGCGUGUACGACUGACAAGUGCCAACGGGUUCUGCACGACUAUAAAGUGAAUCAGAUGUCGGUACAGGUGGACUUUGAUAAGUACAUGGACCGUUACUUUCCAAAGCUUCUAGCAUCUCUGCCGGAUGUUACAUUCGCGUUACAUAACAUCACCGUACUCAUGGAGAGUAAUAUAGUGUCGGAAGUGAGCCAGGGUAGGGAUUCAUUUCUGAAGAUUCAAAAGGAUAUACAGCACGCCGUUAAUCAGACGAUCCCCGUGGUCAGCGCGAGUAUUCGGCGAGCUUGCAACUACCUCGCGAGCAUCGCCAAUAAUAUGACUGCCCUCAUCGACAGGAUAAAUGUCGACAUAGAUAAAGUUUAUAUGCGACACUUGGAAGUUGCCCGGAGCAAUAUAAAUCAGUAUUCGCCUUACAGAUACUAUCUUGGCCUUGGUAUAUCCGGUAUUCUUCUGACCGUCUUGAUGUGUUUGACGUGUGGUCUUCUCUGCGGUAUUUGCGGAAAGCGUCCAGACGGAUACGGAGAUGAUUGCUGUAACAAGGGGUCAGGUGCAUGGUUUCUCAUGAUGGCUGUGUGGAUUAUCUUUCUGUUAACGAGUGUUUUGAUGGUUAUAACCGUUGUUCACAUGAUAACCGGCGUUAUGGCCCAACGUGGUAUCUGCGAGCCUCUAAAGAAUCCGAAAGACAACAGGAUGUUCGAACUGGUCGACGAGCUUGUGCAGAUCAAGAGAAUACUCUAUCCGAAGAAUCCUAAUGCGAAUAUUAACAUGAGCUACAUUGUAACCAAAUGUCAUCAGAACGAGACACUUUACAACGUGUUGAAUUUGAAAAAUAUGUUUGAUGUCGAGAGCCUGCGCGAUUACAGUGGGCGUUACGACAUCAAUGACACCAUCCAACAGCUGCGCCGGAAAAUCAGUCUCUCUCCCGGUGUGGUGAUCCUGAAGGAUAGUGCGAGAUCCAAGUUGAACGAUCUAGCGCAAAGCGGUCUCAGUGACAUCAAGUUCUAUCAGUACGUCGAACUGCUCGCCGAGAACAUCACGAAUAUUAACUUGGAACACCUUGCCAAACAGUUGCGAGAGGUUUCUGCUAAAUUGCCGGAGGGUCAAGAGGAAAUCAAGCUCAGUCUCGAAAAGAAUGCGCAUGACUUGGAACAUUAUCACAGAGACUUGGUCAUGCCCAUGACCACGCUUAGCGAGCAAUUAAGCGCAAACGCGUUGGCGCUUCAGGAGAACAUUAAGUUCAAUCAUAGCUCGAUGGCGGACGCUAUUCACGAUUUAGUGGAUGAAGUUACCAAGGCGCAGCAGUUUCUAAAUAAGGACGGGCCGGAAUACGUUCAAUACCUCGCUAACAAAUUUGGCAAUGCCUUCUUGCAUCAAGUGGACAAAUUCCUCGAGCACGUUAUUGAAUCUGCAAUUUUUAAAAUUGGAAGAUGCGCUCCUGUGUCGAAUGCUUAUAAUGCAACGCUCGUGGCAGGAUGCAAUAGAAUUUUGGAUCCAUUCAACGGUUUUUGGGCGAGCGUCGGUUGGUGCUUGAUCCUAUUCAUACCGACGAUAGUGCUGUGCGUGAAGCUGAGCGCUCUGUAUCAAAAGUCAGAUCCAUAUCCGGGGCCUCUUGUCGAAGCUGAAUAUUUGUAUGACGCGUACGCAGACAGGGAUAACAUACCCCUCGCCCAUGUCCACGAUAAGAAGCACGUCUCUCACGGCAGGCAUCACCCCGCGGCGUACGUCGAGAGCUACGACGGGCCGGCGGUAGGGUACGGCGAACGCGAGAGGAUUCCCGACGCCCAUCAGAGCACGUCGCACCACGACUCGAGAUACUCCGACUUGGCGCCUAAUUUCACCCUAUCGUGGCGAAACCACAAACAUACCACCCCUUCGAAAACAGAACCUCACAGUAAAGUCUUUAGCCUAUCACUAGAGUCGCAAAAUUGGGACUUCCCCAACGGUGGUCCGCCAAGGUAUCAGUCACCUGCCGGAGCUCCGCCUCCUUUAAGUACUGAAUACGAACGACCGCCGCCCUAUUACUAUCCUGGGCCAGGGGAUAGAAAUUAGGAAACGAGUGCCGUGGCAUGCACAAAAGCAGCGCUGAACAGUGUGGCGACGCACAGCCUCACCCGCAGCUACAAGCGAAAAAAGAGAGAGAAAUCCGGAUGUAAGAGGGACUACGUAUAACUUGGCGUUUGUUCCUGAGCGUGCCACGGAUUGUGCGAACAGCAAGACCAAGUUUAGUACAGACUGAGAUAGGCCAAUGAUCCUUUCACGACGCGGACGUUUCCUCCUUCCGUGGAACGCAAGUAACACGUAAUCGACAUAAAUGCGACGCAAAUUCCUCUUUUCGUUUAAGCAUCGCUUUAAGAAUUAAUACUCGUGCGUUCCCGUGAAACUGUGGAAGAAACAUCGUUCUCGAUUAAAUACAGACUUUGGAGAAUGCGCGAAAUGUCGCCGUUUCUCCCUUUCAACGUAAAGACGAACAAUGCCCGGAUGUAUGUACAGCUCACUCGAUAUUCAUUUUCGUCUAUCAAGUAUGGAUAUUGGGGAGAUACAGUCACGGUAACUGUACGUAUUGAAUAAAAGGUUGAUCGAGCACAAAAUGGAGUCAAAAGAGAACAAAAUCACAAGAUGAAAAGAAUUCUCUUUCGUUUAACAAUACAUCAAGACUGUGUAUGAAGAAUCACAUAUACAUAUAUAUAUAUAUAUAUAUAUAUAUAUAUAUAUAUAUAUAUAUAUAUAGAUAUAUAUCUAUCGAUCGAAUUAUCUAGCACAAAUUAUUAAUGCUGCCAAUCUAAUGCGUCGUUUUUCAUGUGAGGGGGACCUCCUCUAUUUUCACACCAGACUACUGAUCCACCAUCGCCACCACCACUUUGAGCCACCAAGCAACGCCAUAUAAAAAUGCCAAACGACACACGUGCAAUUUACAUGUAUUGUUGUUGCGUUACGAGUGUCGCGUGGUUCACGGAUCUCGCUCGUCUCUGCAUACAAUAGUUGAGGAGAGAAGAAUACUGAUAAGAUUCUUGUAUUCCGCCAGGUGCCGAUUUCUAUCUUACGGCGGAAGGAGAAAAAGAGAAUUUUCGAGCGACGCGCGAUCGCUCUAAAAUCGAAAUUAUAAAUACUCUGUGUACAUGGAUUUUUAAGUAGUCUUAUUAUUCUAUCUUACUGUGUAACUUUCUAUCGAUAUAAACUGAAGCGAUUCUUACGCCGCGUAGAUCGCGCCUAUACGUUCACUUAUUCGGAUCUACGCGCUGUAUGGAUUCUUCGAUACAUGUAUUAUUGCAGGAUUCGUCAUUCUUCUCUCGCCCCCCACCUCCCACCCCACCCCAUUCGAGUACAGUAAUUUCUCAUCGGACACGCAAAUGUUUCUCGUUCUUACAUAUUGUUUAAUUCGUGUAUAACGAAUUUAAGGAUCUACAUGGUGCAUUUCCGUUACAGGUAUCGUGAACCAGCAAAGAAUUUGCUAAGAAUUGUAGAGUUCUUGUUUUCAUCUAAUUGAUAAUAUAUCUCUUACACCACUAAUUCUUAAUGCAGGCAUUGUACUACGUAGAUCCAUCACAUCCACUAAGUUUGGAAACUUUUAAGAUCGAGAAAAUUAUAAAAAAGGAAAACAGUACAUAAUCGUUUUCUGUCGUAAUACACGUAUAUCAUUUCCGAGAAAGAUAUCAAUCUCUAUUUAUUUACAAGAUUCGUUUAAAGUGAAUUAGCAUUCGACUGCCAAAAAAAAAA